AUGAGUAUGAAAAAAGAAGUGAAAGGGAAACACAAACAAGAAUAUUUGAAUCGGUUAAGAAAAGCUCGUGUUGUAGGAAAUAUACCUCCGGUAUAUCCCAAUGGAUGGUUCUGUAUAGCUGAAUCAAGACAACUUAAGCCUAAACAAAUCUUACCUGUUUUUUUCUUAGGUCAACAACUCACUUUAUUCCGAUCCGAAACUGGUAAAGUAUACCUGGUAGACUCCUACUGCCCACAUUUGGGAGCUAAUUUUAAUACUGGCGGUCGUGUUGUUGAUGACAAUUGUAUUCAGUGUCCAUUCCAUGGGUGGAUUUUUAAUGGUGAAACGGGUGCUUGUACCCGUAUCCCUUAUAAUUUGAAUUAUUCAAUUCCACAAAAAGCUUCUGUGGCAGUUUGGCCUGUAAUUGAAAGAAACAAGCAUAUAUAUGUUUGGUACCAUUGUGAUGGCUUAAAUCCGGAAUGGAAUAUUCCAGAAAUUGAUGAGAUUGCUGAUGGCACAUGGCAAUAUAGAGGACGAACUGAGCAUGAAAUAAAUAGUCAUAUCCAAGAUUUACCCGAAAAUGGUGCCGAUAUUGCGCACUUGAAUUAUUUGCAUUUAACAGGUGUUAAUAAAGGUAAUGACAUAACUAAAAUUGAUUUAACAAAUCCGCAACCAGUGAUUAAGCAUGUUUGGAAUGGCCGUUGGGAGCAGCAGGCAAAACCGGAUCAACACAUUGCUGUAAUGUAUUUAGAACAAGUCAUGACCAUAUUUGGAAUAUCUAUACCAUUGACUCAUAGCUAUUUAAAAGCUAUACAGAUCGGUCCAGGUAUCGUGCAUAUGAUGUUUAACUUUGGGUGGCUCGGGCGAGGAGUUGUUUUUCAGCACAUAACACCUGAGGAACCGUUAUUUCAACGUGCACGGUUCACUAUGUAUGCAAACAUCCCCAAAAUAUACUCGAAUAUGUUUUUAAUCUUCGAAGCAUUCCAUUUUGAACGUGACAUUCACAUUUGGAACCAUAAACGAUACGUGAAGCCACCAUUAUUAGUUGCAAAAGAUGGACCAAUCUUGAAGCAUCGACGAUGGUUUGAUCAAUUUUACACUGAUAAUAGUCCACGCUUGAAAAUGGAUGGAACAUUAACCAACCACGUGAAAUCAAUUUAUGAUUGGUAG